AUGUCGUCUUGGCCAGCCCCAUCUCGCAAUUUUGCACUUGAGCAUGACCGGAAGCUUGCUGCGGAGGUCGCAGAUGAGCGCGAAGCUCUCGAGAAGGCUGAAAUGGACAUUCAAGAAGACAAACAAGAAGAGGAGACGAAGAAAGCCGCAGGAAAGCUUGUGGUAGCCGAGGAGAUCGCGGUGGGACACGUAGGAUGGCCAGCAAUGAAGCUCUAUCUUGCGAGCUGGGGAGGAGAGCAUCGUAUACUGUACUGGGCUGCCUUCAUGAGUAUUCUCACCAUUACUGAGUUCACCGAUAACGUUCAGGUAUGGUAUCUUGGUUAUUGGGCGAAGCAGUACGAGAGGAGCGAUGCGUCACAAGUCAACACCUUUUUAUACAUCGGAUUCUACGCAAUCAUAAUCCUGCUUGCUGCACUCACCUAUGGUGGGUUUGCUCUCAUCCACACCGCCGGAAUGCAAAGAGCGUCAAGACAAAUCCACAAGGAGCUGAUCACAUCUGUGCUGGGGACGACGCUAAGAUGGCUCGACAAGACUCCUACUUCACGUAUACUGACACGGUGCACGCAAGACAUCGAUUCAAUUGAUACGACCGUUGGGGAUUACACAGGCAAUGUCAUGCAAAUGGUGAUGGCUAUGCUGCUUAAGCUUACUGCUGUUGUCGCGAUGUCCCCGAUUUUUGUGAUUCCCGGAGCGUUCCUCGCUACAGCUGGAGCAUGGAUGGGCCAGAUAUAUAUGAAGGCGCAGCUGUCCGUUAAACGCGAAAGAAGCAAUGCCCGUGCUCCAGUUCUGGGUCUUUUUGGCGCAGCAUUUACAGGUCUAAUCUCUAUAAGAGCCUACGGUGCCCAAGAUUUUUUCAGGAGGGAGUCCUUCAAGCGUAUCGACAAGUACACAAGAACGUCGAUGACUUUUUUUAACCUGAGUCGAUGGAUAGCCGUACGCAUCGACUUGCUUGGCGCCAUGUUUUCCUCCAGUCUGGCAGCAUAUCUCGUAUACGGAGGCGCAUCUGCGUCGGACACAGGUUUUACGUUGAACAUGGCAGUUGGUUUCAGCAGUUACAUCCUUUACGUAGUCAAGAUCUACAAUUUCCUGGAGGUUGCUGGUAACAGCCUGGAACGCGUAAAGCAAUACAUAGAAAUUGAGCAGGAGCCCAAGCCGACUGAGAUUGGCGUCCCUCCAGCUUAUUGGCCGGCCAGCGGUGAUCUUAAAGUUGAGAAAUUGUCAGCACGCUACUCUCCUGAUGGCCCACAAGUUUUGAAUGACAUCUCCUUCGAAGUCAAGUCCGGAGAGCGAGUCGGAAUUGUGGGACGUACGGGUAGCGGAAAAAGUUCUCUGACAUUGGCCCUUCUGCGAUGCAUCCUCACAGAAGGCAAAGUGUACUAUGACGGCAUCCCGACGGAUAGUAUCAACCUAGACGCGCUCAGGUCGCAUGUUACCAUCAUUCCACAAGUGCCCGAGCUGCUAAGUGGCACUUUACGCCAGAAUCUGGAUCCAUUUGAGCAAUAUGAUGACGUUGUACUGAACGAUGCCCUUCGUUCAGCUGGCUUGUUUGCACUCCAGACGGACACCGACGAAGAUAAAAUCACUCUUGAUACACACAUCUCCAGUGGUGGCAGCAACUUGUCGGUGGGACAGAGGCAGAUCUUGGCGCUUGCAAGAGCGAUCGUGCGACAGAGCAAGCUGCUGAUUCUAGACGAAGCAACAUCCGCGAUUGACUAUGCAACGGAUACCGUUAUUCAAGAGUCGCUGCGGAAAGAGCUAGACAGGGGUGUCACGGUUCUGACUAUUGCGCAUCGUCUACAGACGAUCAUGGAUGCCGACAAAAUUAUGGUGCUCGACGCAGGCCGCAUUGUUGAGUUUGGGAAACCUGAUAUGCUACUGAAGGACGAGAAGAGUCCGUUUCGUGCUCUUGUGGACGAAAGUGGCGACAAAGAAAAGUUAUAUGCUAUGGCUGCUGGCUCUAGUGGCUCUACCAAUGCUGAUUCGAGGUGA